AACUGCAGGCCCCGCCCGAGGAUCUGCGCGGGGCACGGCCCCCGGCUUAGCCGUAGCGCCGCAGCAGCUGCCACUCCCCACUCCAACCCCUCGGAGAACGCGCCGCUGCCCACCGCCUCCAAUCAUUACUCUGCGUGGAGCGCUUUAAAUAUGCAGAGGCGGGUCACGUCGUGUGAAUCGGUAUCAAUCCGUAGGGAGGGAGCCAAUAUCUAUAUAAAUGUGGCCUGGGUGGGCCGAAAAGGGUUAAAAGGCUGGAGAAGAGAGAGGUGGGCGGGGGUCUACAGUCCGGGUGCGCGCAACCCUGGUUGGCAACGCCGGUGAGUUGCUCCUUUCUUUGCCCUCCUUCGCUGCUUCUAUCGAAGGAGUGCUGACCAGGGGAGGUGGGAGAUGGGAGGUUCGAGCGGUCCCCAGGCAGCCGGCGCCCGCGCAAGGGGGUUGCGUUUUGGCCCGGGAGCCGUCGGACUCCGGGAAAAGUCCUGAGCGCGCGGGUCUCGAUGAAGGCACGUUUCCUAAGGGCGCGUGGUCACUGCUGCCCUCCGCUGACCGUCUGCUUUUAGAGCGAAGUCCUUGUCCGAGGUUGUAAAUCUCGGUUUUGGUCCCCAAGCCCCAGGCCCUUUCCGGACAGAACAAGGUGAACACUGCGUGCUGCCGGCGCCGCAGUUCCUGCGCCUCCUGCGCUCGGAGUGGCCUGGUCCCGGCAGGCUCGCCAUGCUCCCCUGGGGGCUGAGCUGCCUGUCGGUGCUGGGGGCGGCGGGCACCGCUCUCCUGUGCGCGGGCCUGCUGCUCAGCCUGGCCCAGCACCUCUGGACCCUCCGCUGGACGCUGAGCCGGGACCGAGCCUCUGCCCUGCCCCUGCCCAAAGGUUCCAUGGGCUGGCCCUUCUUCGGGGAAACGCUGCAUUGGUUAGUUCAGGGCUCGCGCUUCCACAGCUCCCGCCGGGAGCGCUACGGGACAGUGUUCAAGACGCACCUGCUGGGCAGGCCGGUGAUCCGCGUGAGCGGCGCCGAGAACGUGCGCACAAUCUUGCUGGGCGAGCACCGCCUUGUGCGCAGCCAGUGGCCGCAGAGCGCGCACAUCCUACUGGGCUCGCACACACUGCUCGGCGCGGUUGGCGAGCCGCACCGGCAGCGGCGCAAGAUCCUGGCGCGAGUGUUUAACCGCGCGGCGCUGGAGCGCUACGUGCCUCGCCUGCAGGGGGCGCUGCGGCGUGAGGUGCGCUCCUGGUGCGCGACCCGCGGGCCGGUCGCUGUCUAUGAGGCCGCCAAAGCGCUCACCUUUCGCAUGGCUGCGCGCAUCCUACUGGGGCUGCGGCUAGACGAGGCGCAGUGCUCGGAGCUGGCCCGGACCUUCGAGCAGUUCGUGGAGAACCUCUUCUCGCUGCCCCUAGAUGUGCCCUUCAGUGGCCUGCGCAAGGGCAUCCGGGCACGGGACCAGCUGCAUCGGCACCUGGAGGAGGCCAUUGCAGAGAAGCUUCAUGAAGACAAGGCUGCUGCGGAGCCAGGCGAUGCCCUCGACGGGAUCAUACACAGCACUAGGGAGCUGGGCCAUGAGCUCUCAGUGCAGGAGCUGAAGGAGUCAGCUGUGGAGCUCCUCUUCGCCGCCUUCUUCACCACGGCCAGUGCCAGCACGUCCCUCGUCCUGCUACUCCUGCAGCACCCGGCGGCCAUCGCCAAGAUCCGGCAGGAGCUGGCGGCGCAGGGGCUGGGGCGCGCGUGCGGCUGCGUGCCGGCGGCCUCAGGGGGCGGCGCUGGGCCCCCGGCCAACUGCGGCUGUGAGCCCGACCUCAGCCUGGCGGCGCUCGGCCGCCUGCGCUACGUCGGCUGCGUGGUCAAGGAGGUGCUGCGCCUCCUGCCGCCCGUGUCCGGGGGCUACCGGACAGCCCUGCGCACCUUCGAGCUCGACGGCUACCAAAUCCCCAAGGGCUGGAACGUGAUGUACAGCAUCCGGGACACGCACGAGACGGCCGCGGUGUACCGCAGCCCGCCUGAGGGCUUCGACCCAGAGCGCUUCGGUACUGAGGGCGAGGAUGCGCGGGGCGCCGCCGGCCGCUUCCAUUAUAUCCCGUUCGGCGGCGGUGCGCGCAGCUGUCUCGGCCAGGAGCUGGCGCAGACCGUGCUCCAGCUGCUCGCGGUGGAGCUGGUGCGCACGGCGCGCUGGGAGCUGGCCACGCCUGCCUUCCCCGCCAUGCAGACCGUGCCCAUCGUGCACCCGGUGGACGGUCUUCGGCUCUUUUUCCACCCGCUUGCGCCUUCGGCUGCGCAGGAUGGGCGACGCCUCUGACCCGCUGCGCCGCGGAACCUGACUUGGCCAGUGGCAGCGGAGCACUUGCGGAGCCGCGCAUCUGCCUUUCCCCAGUACCGGGUCGGGCGCACUCUCUAGUUCACCAAACGGUUACUGAAUGCGGCUCUGUGCCGGACUCUGUGGGAGGAGACGCGCGAGCCACCGCCACCGCACUGGAGAAGUGCCCUGGCCAGUGGGAAGGUGCCUCCUGCCCUCCGCACGCACCCUGAGGAAGGAAAGGUGGUGGGCCAAGUCUUUUAAGCCCUUCCCAGGAUUUCGAAGCAGGGAUGGAGGGAACAUCUCCACUGGAAGCCAAGCCCGGGAGGAGGCAUGGAUUGCAGGGCGGUGGGGAGGCUUGCUAGGGGAGGAUUGGGCCGUAGAACAAUGCGGGACCUGCAACGGUCGCGAGGAAGAGGGGACGCCGGGAGCGCAUCUCUGGCCUGGCUUUGGGCCAUAGGAAGACACCGAGAAGGCGCCCAACGGAAGGCCUUCAGGCAGCUGGCCUCCGCCAGGUGCGCCCUAGCCACUCUGCAGGUCUCGGCAGAAACCCAGAACGGUGGGCGCUUCCAGGGCUCUAAACAGGCUCAACACUGCCGGAUUCUGCUGGUGAUUUCUUAAAAGAAAAAUUCCUAGUUCAAGAACACGUUUAAUCUUUCCAUUUAUACAAGGGAGAAUAGGCAAACGAGAGGACUCUUUAAGGCUGGAUUAUUUUCAUGGGAGAUUGAGACAUAAAGACGUUCGAGGUAUUUGUACCCAAAACAGAAGGGCCAAGAAAUCGUUUCCUGGCAAUAGUUGGGUGAGGGGGCUACAGCUUGGCUGGGCAGCUGCUCCCUGGUGGGAAAGUGGGAUGAGGGGGGAGGAAGACUCAGGAAAGACCCCCUCCCCUUCCCCCAGAAGGACCUACCCUGCAUAUAUCCAGAGAGAGACGAGGAACUGGGGCAGCCUGGGGUCCAGGCUACUGGGACUUCUCUCUUGAGCAUAGCUCCAGGGAGCUGGGCUGUGAAUUAUCUCCAGGGUAGUUGGCUGCAGGGACAUCCUGGUUUACCGCUUCAACCACCUUUAUUACAGGGGAGAAACUGAGGCGAGAGACUGGACCACUCAGCCAGUGCUCUCCUCCACCCCCAUCACUUACUCCCUGCUCCAGCUCCCAGGCCUGUGGCUGCUGCGAAGCUCUUGGCCUUUUACCCUUUCAACGCGAUCCCUAGAUUGGCCUAAGGACUCUCUGGACCUUUCCAACACAGAAGUUCCCAACAGUGUUUAAAUCUGAACCAAGAGCCUCCGGCGUCAUUAUUCCUAACAGCUCACUGUAACCCGCCAUCCACCUUCGGACAGGCUGGGGGCAGUUGGACAUGAUGGGUGAGUCAGGAAAGUUGCCGCCAAGGCCUGAGCUGACCCCUUAAUGAACCAGAAGAAAGCUGGUGCCCUCCUGACCUUACGCUUAAGGUGGAUCCUGGGGCCAGAAGGAAAGGGGGAAGCAGCAGACACAGGCAGGGUCGGUAGCUCCGUGCAGCGGGCCCUUCCGAGCUCGGCUGACACCGCCAUAACCCCCUCCAGGGCAAUUCAUCACCCACUGCUGACCACAGGCCCUGGCGCCAGGCCAUGGGAUCUGCAGGCAGGUGACAGAGCCACAGAGCCGGCAAGAAGUGGCGGAUCUGGGGGCCUGCCCUCAGGGCGCUCCUGAGGCUGCAGAGACAACAUCUCGGCCUGAGAAACUCCACUAGGCUGAGGUGGUGGGAGGACCAGGGCUUGGGGCUGAAUCUGACUUGGGGAGAGAGACUGGGGGAGGGGGCUCUCAGAAGCCCAGACUUAGCUGGUUCUGAGAGACCUGGUUUACCUGCUGGUGGUCUGCACUAAGCCCCUGUAGGGGCAGCUCCAAUUUUGCUCUAAUUUCCCAUUGAUACUUCAUUCUCAGUAAUUUCCAAGAAAACCUGAGCUCUUGCUUUAGUAGCUCUUGAUUCUCUGAGGAAGGAGCAGAUGUGGUUCUUGCCCUCCUGGACUUGGUGUGCUCACCAAGGAGGUAGACAGUAAAUAAACUCACAGACAACAGCAAGAACAUGUCUGAUGAUGAUAGUGCCGUGGAGAAAAUAAAAUAGGCCUGCAAUGCACAGUGCUGGGCAGGCUGGGGCCUGGGAAGACUUCCCUGGGGUGACAUUCGACUUUGGAAGGAACCAGCAAGCGGUGAGCUGGGAAAGAGGCACCCCAAGCAGAGGGAACAGCAGGUAUAGAACCCUGGGAUGGGGAUGAAUGCUCAAGACAAGGGAAGAAGGGGUUGGAAGAAAGGUGGAAGGCGGUGCUUCAGCUGCCUGGGCUCCCCUGACCCCAGUCAGGAACUCACUCCCCACCCCCCAACCCUUAGCAACAGGCUGUUUUGCAGACAUCUUGGAAACAUUUUAUUUUCCAGUGAACCCUCUCCCCACCUACUGCCACCCACGAAAGUUCGGCAAGGGAUCUAGAUCAAAGUUCUUAUUGGGCUGGUAAUUUAUGGGCCCCUUCCCCUCUUCAAGAUGUUCUUUAAUGAUCCUCACUAUCCCAUUUAAUCCUUUCCUGCCGAUCGCCCCCUCGGGUCUCGAUGGGCAGGUAGAUUAAAACAUUUUUCCCCCUCGUGGCGAUUUCCAGCGCGCAGGCCCCGCUCAUCUUGUGACCCGGCGCGCGCUGAACUUGGCGAGAUGGCCCUGCAGAGUUCAUUCGGAUGUCACGGUCCGGCCUGCAGGGGUCACAGGCGGGUCAGGCCGGAGGAUUGGGACUGGGCCCCAGGUCA